UCUUCUUCGCUGAUCUCUUUUUUCUGUUUUCUUUUUUUUUUCUUUUUCGGGUUCCAUCUUGGAUCUUGUUCUCCAAGUCUUCGAUCUCCAUCUCCAUCAUCGAGAGCUCGGCAUUGCAUCGCCCGUCCAGCUCGUUCCUUCUGGUAUUUUGUGUAUGGAGUGGAUGUAAGGGAGAUGAGAUUGUGUUGGUGUUAAAGGAGAUGAAAGGUGUGUCUUGGGGGUUGAUUGUGGGGAUAACAAUUGGGGUUGUGAUUGGAGUCCUGUUGGCAACAGGUGCUCUUUUCUGUAUUAGAUAUAGGAAGAGGAGAUCACAGAUUGGGAGCAGUAGUUCGCGGAGGGCGUCGACUGUUCCUAUUCGUGCAAAUGGUGUUGAUGUCUGUACAAUACUUUCGGACUCGACGAUCGGUCAAGAGUCUCCUAAAUUGCCGGAAACCAAUGGCGCGUCCUUGUGGGUGGAUGGACCAAAGAGAAAGAAUGUUAUUUCGGCUUCUGGAGUACUCAAAUACUCUUACAAGGAUUUACAAAAAGCUACGAGUAAUUUUACAACAGCAAUAGGUCAUGGGGCGUUUGGUCCAGUUUAUAAAGCUCAGAUGUCUACUGGUGAGACAGUUGCUGUUAAGGUGCUUGCCACUGAUUCCAAACAAGGGGAAAAAGAGUUCCAAACAGAGGUUUUGCUUCUUGGAAGAUUGCACCAUAGGAACCUUGUAAAUUUGGUUGGCUAUUGUGCAGAGAAGGGACAACAUAUGCUCAUAUAUGUGUACAUGCCUAAUGGAAGUCUUGCUACUCACUUAUACAGUGAUAAUUAUGGGCCGUUGAGCUGGGAUCUAAGAGUUAAUAUAGCUCUAGAUGUUGCUAGAGGAUUGGAAUAUCUUCAUGAUGGUGCAAUUCCUCCUGUUGUGCAUCGUGACAUCAAAUCUUCCAACAUAUUGUUGGAUCGGUCAAUGAGAGCUAGAGUUUCUGAUUUUGGGCUUUCAAGAGAGGAAAUGGUAAACCGCCAUGCAUCAAAUAUCAAAGGCACCCUAGGUUAUCUUGAUCCUGAGUAUGUAUCCUCAAGAUCAUUCACAAAGAAAAGUGAUGUAUAUAGCUAUGGGAUUUUGCUUUUUGAGUUGAUUGCAGGCAGGAAUCCCCAACAAGGGCUGAUGGAAUACGUUGAUCUUGCUGCGAUAAACAGCGAGGGAAAGUCUGGAUGGGAAGAAAUUGCAGAUUCUCGCUUAGACGGUUUAUAUGAUGUAGAAGAAGUGAACGAAAUCGCUGCCCUUGCAUACAAGUGCAUCAACAGAAUUUCUAGAAAACGGCCAUCAAUGAGAGAUGUUGUUCAGGCAUUGACGCGAAGUCUCAAGGCAAGGCACAACAAGAAACAUCAAGUCAGGAUGUUACUAACAACCUCAGUUGAGGGAUCAGCUGACUUAGAUCCCUCAGAUAAUCAAACUUCAAUAUCUGAACAUCAGAGGGAGGAUUCCAUUGAUAGUUUAUCGGAUUUGCCUGAAGUUUGAUAAUUGUUUCUUGGUCUUCUUGUUGGGUGUUUCUAUACAUGUUCUUUAGAAGGUGAGGGUGUAUUGUAUUCUUUCACUGUUGAUAUCUGAGCAGUGUGAAAUGAAGCAUUGGGGAAUGAUUUAUGGUCAUGUGAUGGAGGGAGGUCUUUUGAACCUUUUUGGGUUUUGGUACAGUUUAAGUUAUAUUUGUCAAUUUGAUCAUUUCUUCACAAUUGUAGAAGACAUUUCGAUUACUUUUAUAUUAAUUUUUUUUAAGUUUCAAAGAAAAGUAAAUAUUU